GGUGUGAUCUGGAGAAGUCAUAUUGAGUCGGUGAAGGGAGGAGCUGCUGGAGGAGUUUCUUCACUAAACUACUUCACUUCAGACCGACAGCUUCACUGGCUUUAUGAACAAUUCAAGGUUUGCUAUCACAGUUCUGUUGUGAAGCUGCCUUGCAAACUGCUGAAGAAAUGAUCAUUUACAUUUAUUUGUUUUCAUGGAGUCUGGCUGGUGUGUUUGGUGUUGAUUCAGUGAAGUCCGUGUCAGUGACGGAGGGAGAUUCAGUGCGUCUAAACCCUGAUCUUACUGAAAUAGAGAGAGACGAGGAGAUAACGUGGAAAUAUAACACCAUUAUGAUAGCUAAAACCUACGGGAAGGACAGUAAGAGCAGGUUUUAUGAAGGUAGUGCUGAUGGGAGAUUCAGAGACAGACUGAAGCUGGAUCAGACUGGAUCUCUGAUCAUCACAAACACCAGAAUCACAGACUCUGGAGAAUAUAAAGUAUUCAGCAAAACAUCAGAGACUCCACUCAACAUCUUCAGUCUCACUGUCUACGCUCAUCUGUCUGUUCCCGUCAUCAGCAGAGACUCUUCACAAAAUUCAUCAUCCUCCUCAUCAUCAUGUUCAUUUCUGUGUUCAGUGGUGAAUGUGAGUGAUGUGUCUCUCUCCUGGUACAAAGGAAACAGUUUAUUGUUCAGCAUCAGUGUGUCUGAUCUCAGCAGAAGUCUUUCUUUACAUCUGGAGUGUCUGGAUGAUUUCUACAGCUGUGUGGUGAACAAUCCCAUCAGAAACCAGACCACACAUCUCAACACUGAUCUCUGUCAGACAUGUUCAGAUGGUUCUGUAUCUCCGACAGUGUUGAUCUCUGUUGCUGCUGGUUUUCUGUUGAUUGUAGCUGCAGUCGGGAUCUUCUUCAUCUGGAGGAAACACAGAAAAACAGACCAAGAAGUUCAGACCCGUGACAGAGAGAUCACUUCUGCUGAUCCAACAUUUUACAAAAAGACAUAAAUCAAGAGCUACAGAGCAGGAUAAUGUGGUGUACGCAGGAGUCUCAAGACGUUGAUCAACUCUUGAUCAAAAUGUGAUUCUGUUUUUGAUUACUAACUUUAUCCCAAACACAGAGACAGGAGACAGAAUCCCUUGUUCUUUGUGAAUAGAGAUAAAUGGCCAUUAAAUGUCAUUUUGUCAUAGUUACACAUAUAUUUGAAAAAAGAAAGUUUACUGUUAUUAUUUCAUGCUCUCUGCCAUAAUAUUUCUGUGAGUUUGCCUGUCUGUGCUCUCUCUUUCUCUCCCCUCGUCCUUUCCCUUCCUCUCUUCUGUGCUCUCUCUCUCUCUCUCUACUCUUACCUCUCUCUAUCUCAAUGUCUACACACAUCCGCACUCUUGUAUAUUUCCUCAUGAGUUCAGAUGUUCAGAACAGGACUGGGGCUAUAGGCCCGAAGGUUAUUGAGUUUGGUCUUUGCCAGAUGUGCUCCUAAUAUGGUCAGAACUUCCUGUCCAUGUUCCCAUUUUAUAUAACAUACAGAUGUAAUAUGUAUCCUACGGGAUCUAGAAAAGAAAACCCCCUUGUUUGCUUGACAUUCCUAUUUGAUGUAGUGUAUGAUUCUUAUUGGAUAAACCCCUACACCACCCCUGACAGUGUAUCUGUAUAUUCUACUGAUGUAAUAAUAAACUUUGAAGAAGUAUGUGAACAGACAAUUGGCUUCAUGUUCAUAAUUCUUUCCAUGGGCCCAUGCACGGACUGAGAAUAGUCGGAUGGCAUGGAACGAUAAAAAAAUGAAAUAUAUAUUUAACAAUUGCAAAAGGGGAUUUUCACAGUGAUGUCAUAGAACUUUUAUUUUUAAGAAUGUGUGACAGGGCUGGCCUGGAUUUUAAAUUCAGCCCUGGAAAAAUCACACCCAUUGUCUAAGAUU